GAUAAAUUUAUCUUUCUUAUUGAUUUUAUAGUUUUGGACAUGGAAGAAGACCAUGAGGUACCUCUUAUCUUAGGCCGACCUUUUCUAGCCACUGGUAGAACUUUAAUUGAUGUGCAGAAAGGAAAAUUGAUGCUUAGGGUAGAAAAUGAACAAGUUACUUUUAAUGUCUUUGAUGCCAUGAAAUACCCAUCCGAUAUUGACUCUUGUUUUAUGAUGGAAACAAUUGAUGAAACAAUUAAUGAGAUGUUGCAGGAAGAUUGUCCAGACCUGUUGGAAGCAUGUGUUGUUCAUUCCAAAGACAUUACCGCUGAAAAUGAGGACAUUAGGGAGUAUGCAUUUCAUUUGGAAGCUUGCCCACCGUUCUUGAACUCAAAGGAGCCAAGUAUUCAAGAUUUUAGAGCUAAUAUGCCUCGGCUUAAACCAUCACUUGAAGAACCUCCAAAACUUGAACUCAAGCCUUUACCUGUUCAUUUAAAAUAUGCUUAUUUAGAUGAAGAUCUUUCUUUGCCUGUAAUUAUUUUUUCUUCUUUGACAGGUUUAAUGGAGGAAAAGCUUCUUCGAGUUCUAAGGGAGCACAAAGGAGCAUUUGGGUGGAAAAUAACCGACAUAAAAGGAAUUAGUCCCUCAAUUUGCAUGCACAAAAUACUCAUGGAGGAAAGCUACAAACCGAGCAUUCAACCACAAAGGCGUUUAAAUCCACACAUGCAAGAGGUAGUGAAAGCUGAGGAGGGUAUAGUGCUUGGACAUAAAGUUUCUCAAAAAGGCAUUGAAGCUGAUAGAGCAAAGGUAGAAGUGAUUGAGAAAUUACCCCCACCAACUUCCGUGAAGGCUUAUUUGCUUGCAAAGAAGGAUGCAAAACCAAGGUUAAUUAGAUGGAUUUUACUGCUACAAGAAUUUGACCUAGAGAUUAAAGACAAGAAAGGGAUUGAAAAUUCAGUUGCUGAUCAUUUGUCAAGGCUUAAGAAUCCUAGCCAAGAGGUAAGUGCAUGCCCGAUUAGGGAAGAAUUUUCAGAUGAGCAACUGUACACUAUUAAGGUGACAUCUUCUCCUUGGUUUGCUGAUUUUGCAAAUUAUUUGGCAUAUCAAAUUAUUAGGAGAUGUGUCCCUGAAGAAGAGGUAGCUAGCAUACUUCAUCAUUGCCAUACUCGUGAAGCAGGCAGUCAUUUUGGAGCCACGAAAACAGCAGCUAAGGUUCUACAAUCAGUGGCUGUGGAUUAUGUGUCUAAAUGGGUAGAGGCUAUAACAUUACCCACUAAUGAUGUCAGGGUAGUUGUUAAGUUCUUGAAGAAAAAUAUUUUCACCAAGUUUAGCACUCCUAGGGCAAUCAUUAGCGAUGGGGGAAAACAUUUUUGUAAUAAACAAUUUAAGGCACUUUUAAGUAAGUAUGGGGUAACUCAUAAAGUUGCAACUCAAUAUCAUCCACAGACUAGUGGCCAAGUUGAGGUUUCAAAUAGAGAAUUGGAAAGGAUUCUGGAAAAGACUGUUAAUUCUUCUAGAAAGGAUUGGUCAUUGAAACUUGAUGAUGCGCUCUGGACAUAUAGAACAGCUUUUAAAAAUCCUAUCGGUAUGUCUCCAUAUAGGUUAGUUUUUGGAAAAGCAUGUCAUUUACCUGUUGAACUUGAGCAUAGAGCAUAUUGGGCAAUGAAAUUUUUAAAUUUUGAGAUCCAAGCUGCAGGUGAAACAAGACUUUUACAAUUGAAUGAAAUGGAUGAGUUUCGCCAUGAAGCUUAUGAGAAUGCCAAAAUUUACAAGGAACGCACUAAAAAGUGGCAUGACAAACACAUUCUGAAGCGUGAGUUUGCAGUUGGUGAUAAAGUGUUGCUUUAUAACUCUCGGCUUAGACUUUUUCCAGGGAAAUUAAGAUCCAGAUGGUCAGGUCCUUUCAUGGUGACAAGAAUUUUUCCUUAUGGUGUGGUGAAAGUAUCUCACGAUACAAAGGGCACAUUUAAAGUGAAUGGUCAAUUGUUGAAACCCUACAUGGAUGGCGGAUACAAUAAGCAUGGGAUUUUUGGAGGCGGAAAGCGAGAGACUUCCGAGAGGGAUUUUAGAGGCAAUCGGCAGAGAGCUUGGAAGGCGAGUUUGAGGCAGAGCUUGCGUGGAUUCUAUGCAAGUGACGGCAGAAGCAAAGGCAGCCACUGGGGACACUUCAAUCGAAAACAAAGGGGACAAGCGCGACAGUUAAGACUACAGAUCUGAGUUCCACAAAUUGGGUUUUUGCUCUUCUAAACUUAUUUUUUCCUUUGUUUGGAUAUGGAAUUGUGGUUCAUCAAUUUAAUCUCAGAUUUUAUCAUGUUUAGUAUGAACUAAUUUUGCCAUCUAAGUCUACGAUGUAGUCUAAUUAAUUUAAUAUAGAAUUUCAUGAUUU